AUGGUUCCUUUCUUAGUAACAAACAACAGUUUAGAAUAUCCCAUUCUUGGAUACAAUGUUAUUGAAGAACUAAUCAAGCCGAUGAAUACAUCUGAUAUUCAGUCAGCACAUAUUGCUACAGUACAAGCUAGUUUUCAAGGUUUUGAUGAGAAGGUGUUACUCGAAUUGGUUAGACUGAUACAGACAGCAAGAGCAAAUGAACUAUGCACGAUUAAGAGCCCAAAGAAAGACUUUGUUAUUCCGGCAAAGAAAACAUUUAAAGUUAACUGUCGAGCGAAUACUGGACCGGUAGAAAAAACUACACUUGUAUUGUUUGAACCGGACGAAUUAACGCCCUGUCCAGACGGUUUAUCGGUGCAUGAAACGGUAACAACAGUGAAACAAGGCUCAACAUCUCAAGUAAAGAUAGAUGUGACUAAUACAACUAAUCAUGACAUUGUCGUGCGUAAACACACAGUAUUAGGAAGUCUUCAGUUAAUUAAAUCGAUUACACCUGUAGAAGUGAAGUUGGCAGAAAAGUCAAGCAAAGAGAAAGAACGAACAGUAACAGCCACACAAUCCCAAGUGAAUGCAAUGGCGAAAGAAACUCGAGAAAGAGACAAUACAAAUGAUGACCAGUUUUUACCUGAAGUUGACCUUAGUGCAUUAACAGAACGUCAACGUCAAGUAGUUACUAACAUGUUGAAGGAAGAAUGUCACUCUUUUGCAAGAAAUGAUGAGGAUAUCGGUUAUAUCAAAGAUCUAGAACUAGAAAUAAAUUUGACAACAAACGAGCCAGUGCAAAAGAACUAUGUAUCGGUACCAAGACCUCUCUACCCAGAAGUAAAACAGUACAUUGAAGAUUUGUUAAAUAACGAGUUUAUAAGAGAGUCAAAAUCAGCUUAUUCAUCCCCAGUAGUAUGUAUUCGCAAAAAGGAUGGAACUCUGCGACUUUGUGUCGAUUAUAGAGAACCACAGUUAAUAGAAAUAGGAUGGUUUGGAAAGCCGGCGAACUUCAAAGAGCGGCGGCAAAUAUGUUGCGCCACAAAGGAAGUGAAAGUCACGUGUCAAAUAGUGUGCAUGCUCUCGAGCGAAGUGCUUAAGAUUAUUAAUGCGUUCAACAAAAAUCUUAUAAAAAAGUGUUUUUAAAAGGUCGAUACAGCUGAAAUUGAAAUGGAGGAAACUUCUGAGAGAGUUUUAGAAGAAAUAACGUCGAGUGUAAAGCCGUCUGGCCCAUCGUCAAGCAGCGAGGAACUGACAAUGUUAUUCGAUGAAGAUGCUUUGCACAUGAAUAUUGCGAUUGAUUUGUUGAAAAUGAUGACCUAUCGGUGGAAAAUUAAUUUAUAA